AUGGAGUUGCUGUUUCAAAUUACCCUGAGUUUACACUUGUUGCUCUUCCAUUUCCCAUCUUCUCAUUCUUCCCAGCCCUUGUGUCUUUCAGACCAGAAACAUGCCUUACUUCAAUUCAAGACUUCUCUCACUGGCAAAGCUGAUUAUGUUUCCAGUGCAUGCAAUCAGUCUUUUCCAAAGACAACAACGUGGGAAAACAUGACAGAUUGUUGCUCAUGGCACGGAGUCACGUGCGACCCCAUCUCUGGUCACGUGAUUGGCCUUCACCUUAGCUGUAGUGGCCUUCAAGGUGAGCUGCCAUUUUCACUUUCAAACCUUCAAAAUCUCAUUCACUUGGAUCUUUCAUUCAACAAAUUCAGUGGCCAAAUUCCAAAUGUCUUUGGUGGACUAACCAAGUUGAAAACUCUUGAUCUUAGUCAUAACAAUUUAGGAGGACAAAUACCAUCUUCAUUGUUUGACUCAACUCAACUUUCUGUGUUGAACUGUUCUUAUAAUAAAUUAGAGGGCACUCUACCUAGCAAAAUAACGGGGCUUAAGGGUUUAAUUAGCUUAAGAUUGAAUAACAACUUGCUGAAUGGAACAAUUCCAUCUUGGUGUUUUUCUUUGACAUCAUUGGAAGGUUUAGCUCUAUCAAAUAAUCAGUUCACAGGGUAUAUAAAUGCAAUCUCAGCUAAUUCUUUAAGAGUUCUGCUUUUGGACAGUAACCAAAUACAAGGAAGCAUUCCAAAAUCAAUUUUUAACCUUGUAAACCUAACUGCCUUAUCUCUAUCAUCAAAUUAUUGGACUGGCACUUUCCAUAUUCAUUUCUUAUCAAAACUUCAGAAUUUGGAAAUUCUUAUCCUCUCUGACAAUAGUCUAUUAUCUUUAAACUUUGAUUCCAAUGACAAUUACAGCUUCCCCCGCCUAAAAGUAUUAGAGUUAUCUUCUAACAAUUUAACUGAGUUUCCUAACUUAAAAGGAAAAUUUCCCAAUUUGAGUUGUCUUGAUAUAUCCAAUAACAAACUUAACGGAAGAAUCCCCAAUUGGUUGCAUGAAAUGGAUUCUUUACAAAUUUUGAACUUCUCUGAAAACCAGUUGACAACAUCAAUAGACCAAUUCUCAAGGAAUUACAGGCUCAGUGUCCUUGAUCUCAGUUUCAAUUUUUUAAAUGGUGACAUAUCUUCCUCAAUUUGCAAUUUAAGUUCUCUUCAGAUUCUUAACUUGUCACAGAACAAGUUGAUUGGAACCGUUCCAGCAUGCCUUGUAAACUCAUCAUCCCUGCAAGUUUUGGAUCUACACAUGAACAAGCUUCAUGGACCUUUUCCAGUUAGCUUUCCAAAAAACAACAAGCUUAGUGAUUUGAAUCUCAGUGGAAACCAACUAAAAGGUCCUUUGCCUACAUCUUUGUCCAAAUGCAAGCAGUUGCAGAUUUUAAAUCUUGGCAACAAUCAAUUAAAAGAUACAUUUCCCAGUUGGCUUCAGAAGCUACCAAAUUUGAGAGUGCUUGUUUUAAGAGCCAAUAAGUUCUAUGGUCCCGUUAUCAGUUCAAAGACCAAGCACUUAUUUCCCAGUUUGUCAAUUCUUGAUAUCUCUUGCAACAACUUCGGUGGCCCAUUACCAACUGGCUACAUAGAAAAUUUUGAAGGCAUGAAGAAUUCUGUUGAAUUGGACAGUGCUUUACAAUAUGUCCAAUUUGAGUACAUUAUUUAUGGUAAUAGAUAUGAGUAUCACAGCCAAGCAUAUAGUUCCAUGGUUGUAACAAUGAAAGGGAACAACGUUGUGGUCACAAGAAUUCCUACAAUGUUAGUCACUAUGGAUCUAUCAGCUAAUAAUUUUGAAGGAAAGAUUCCAUAUGUUCUUGGAAAUCUUAAUGCACUUAGAGGACUCAACCUUUCACAUAAUGGACUCAUAGGCACUAUUCCUAGUGAGUUAGGAAAUUUGACAAAUUUGGAAUCAUUAGAUCUCUCCUCAAAUUUGCUCACUGGUGGGAUUCCUAUGGAAUUGACCAAUCUGAAUUAUCUUGCAGUCUUGAAUCUUUCCUACAACCAUCUUCUAGGAGAAAUACCUGAAGGAAAACAGCUCAACACAUUUUCCAAUGAGUCUUAUAAAGGAAACUUGGGGUUAUGUGGACCUCCAUUGUCAACUAAAUGUGACAUGAACCGUGAGCAAGGUUCUUCGGCUUCACCAACCUUCUCGAGUGAAGAGAAAUUUAGGUUUGGUUGGAAACCAGUGGCCAUAGGAUAUGGAUGUGGAAUGGUAUUUGGGGUGGCCUUAGGAUGUUGUGUAUUGUUAAUGGGAAAACCUCUAUGGCUUGUGAGGAUGGUUGAAGUUCAGCCUAUUAAAAGUGUGACAAGGAGGGCAAGGAAGAGGCUUCGUGGAAGAAUGAAUGUGCAGAUGUCAUAAUAAUUGAUGUGUCUUAUUGUAAUUCUUUUCUCUUUUAUUUAGUUCUGUCUUAAUUGAAUUAAUAAAAAAAAUGAGUGUAAUAACCUUGUCAUUCUUGUUUAAUCUAGUUGGACUUAGAGUUUUAACCUUGUAGCAUGAAAUUGUUGAU